AUGCGCCGUGCCUCUGUAGCAGUCACCCCCUCCACGUCGUCAGUGUUGGGGGGUGGUGCUUCGACGACGGGUACAGUUGAUCCCACCACUGGAACGUCAGGCGCUUCGUGUCAGUCUGUUCCCCGUCUCGCUCAUCGAAGUGUUAUGGAUACUGAAGACGGACUAACUUCGCCAAAGCCUAGACCUCAAGACAUUGUAGUGACGAAAAGUAAUCCGACGCUGCGUGCAUCAGCAGUGCGACCUACACUAGCCGCUUCCUCCGGAGCUCACAUUCGUCGGCGGCCCCCGUCCGUUCCAGAUCGGGCCGUUUCCCCUCACUUUGCCACCCCGGUCUUGUCAACACUCUGGCGAGAUAUGGUCGAGCACCGCACAGACCCGUCACCGGCACCGCGCUGUUCUCGAAAGCGUCGCUCCACUACAUCGGCGACGGCACCACUGGCCCGUAUGCCGUCAGCAGUACUACGGGGGAGUGGGGAGCAGUCUCGGGGGAAGGCAGUUGGGCAAAUAAUAGAGGAGGUGGGGAGGGCUCGGUCACUCCGGCGUGUAACAAACGACAGGAAGGGGGGAUCGCUACUCAGCAUGCAUGCUACAAACACAUUCAACGGACAACGACAUCUCCUGUCCCCGGUAAAGGGUUCUCUCGGGACUGCACGGCCGCCUAUUGUGCUUGAUGCAAAACAAAACACUCGGUCUCGCUCAAUGCGGAUGAAGCUGCAGGAGGUGACGCCCAGCAACAAUGAUGAAAUGCGUAAGGAGGUCGUAAGCUGCUACAGGAAAUUGUGCGAAGAGGUUGGACAGUCACCACAAGAAUCGUGGAUUGCCGCUGUUUUGGGCGAAAAGACCGAUAUUACCUCUGAUUCGAAUGUGGGCUUACCAAUCGGUGAUAGAUCAACAGCGAAUGACAGUGUUUGCGCUAGUGCUAGCGCCAGUGGUAGAAACAUUGACCUUUCUCUGAAGCGAAUGCCAAGCGGCCCAGCUCUUAGCGCGAAAUCACAAUCAUCUGUGGAGGGGCGACAGAAAAGCAAAGGCACUUCGAAGAUUCAGGGAUGUUCCACUGUGAAGGCACCAUCGAUAGCCUCCACAACAAAGUUUACCAAUCUAGCUUCUGGAGCGAACGUUUUGCGGGAUGAGUCACUGCGACGAAUGAUAGCAUAUUGUGAUCACCUCCGCCCUUAUAGCAGCAAGAUGGAACAGUUGAAACAGCGGCGACAGGAUGUGAGGGAGUCAUUGAACAGAUUCCUUGAGGUGUGCAACAAGAAGCAGGAUGGUUUGCACGAGGAUAGAGCACUUGAUUCAGAGCAAGCGGCUGACAACGAUAGCUCGAAAUCUUUAACCAUCAGUGCCCUCCAGUCGCGAGCAGAUUCGUUAACUAGCGGUCUUAAGGAGUUACAGCGGUGCAACGUGAGACUACUGUUAUGCCUGUCUAACUUGUCCUGUGAGGUUAGGAGGCCUUUGGGUUCCAUUUCUGGUGAUGCAGGGCCCGCGUCUAACGAUCAGCAGCAGGAGAUAGUGAAGGCUUGCAGUGUGCCAGCUGUGCCCCAGAUUCAAAGUGUCCCAAAGGCAUCGGCAUCCCUGACAUCGAUUAACCUGCCUACGGCGAUCCCUGCCGCUUAUCUACACUUCCUUCGCUCGCAGGAGCGUAUCAUAGUGCAAGAACUCUCGGAGUUGUGUAACCGUGUCCGUUCAGCCUUGGCAGAGGGGACAAACAUUUCUACAGCGGAUGAAGGACUGCUGGAGACCCCACUGUUCCUUCCUUCGACGUGGUCCGCAUCGACCAAUAGUGCUCGUGCAGUCAAAGAUCGGAAACUGAGCGAACAAAAACUUCAACCGAAAACAGGGGGGAACCUAAGUGCUGCGGCGCGCCGGGCGGUUCAUGCGUCGUCAGCCCCCGCCAGCAAACCCCUCACUCGCUUCGCGAGUAGUACGAAAGGUAGUGAACAUAACUACAGCACGAGUAGGUGCGCCGAUAGUCACAGGACUGUUGAUUCUAGCAGCACCACGCAUGCAUCGGACGUACAUUUGCCGUUUGUGGGGGUUGCGUUUGCUGACUGGGCGAAUACUAGUGAUGACGAGAAGGAGAGCAGCUUGAACAGUACUUAUCCUCAGCGAAAUGACAGCACUGCCCGCAGUCCUAGACUUGUGAUUGGGGGAGGAAAGCGGCGUUUGUCAUUUGAUACCGCUACCGAAAAGCAUAUUCGUUCCACCACCUCGGCUAACGGCGCCUUAGCUAACAAAUUCUGCCGAGCGAGGUCUUCUGCAGCGGUACUCAUGGGGUCGAAGAAGGUAACUCCAAAACUCAAUGCGAGAAAUGCCUCUCCUACGAGGACGGCAAAGCGGUCGAAGACGAAGCAUUCGAAAAAGAGCAGCACGCCGGCCGUCGAAGGUGCUAUCACCGCGGCGCAGAUAAAGCAAGCCGAAGCUACCUGGGAAACAAUCCAAGGACUAGCGCUGCGCAACUCUACGAGUGGGAAUUUGGGUAGCCCCACUCAAUCAUUCUCCAUACAGUUGGCGAUGGUCCCUUCAGCGGUGGAUGAGGCACGUGAUGGCAACGAUAUGUCCAUAAUUGGAGAGAGGGGUAGUCCCGCCGAAGCUGCAGGUGAUUUCAGAGCCACUGGACCAUCAAAUCAAGAAAUUUUGAGCACAAGGAAGGAGCAACUGCCAUUGCUGGGGAAAGAGUACAACACUCCCGUGUGCCAAGGUGUAGAAGUAACAUCCGUGGAUGAAAACCACCGGCGGGUUCAUGCGGCGCAGGUAAUUGAACGCUUUCUGCUCCGUUGUGUGAGGCAGAGGGCCCAACACACCGACAAGCAGAAGAAAAAGGGGAAGGAAGAGACGAUGGUGGAGGAAACUGAGGCGGCAACCGCGAAACCAUUCUCCGCUCCUGUGGGUAGUGUAUUUUUGUGUGACUCAGAGGCAUGUAAUCAAAUGGCGGCACGCAUAGUUCAUUGCUGGCGACGAUAUAAGUCACGAUUGGAGAUAAAGCAGCUGCAGAAGCAGAGGUGGGAAGAUGAACAUCAGCAGCAGCGGCUGCAACACAGAAAUGUUAUGGCUGCUCGUCUACAGAGUUUCUUCAUUGUCAACUUAGCCGUGCGCCGCCGGCGCCGGCUUCUUCAACAGAAGCAAGAGGAAGCGCCAAAGCCUGUUGUGGCGAACUCUAAUGAAAAGUCCACAAAACCGUCCACACCAAACACUAAAACGAAUAAAGAGAAUGGCGGGUCCCCGGUACCGACCAUGCGAGAGAGGUUUGACCGAACACGAGAGAAGCGAAAGAGUUUGUUGCGCGACCAUCACGAUAGGACCGAACUAAGCACAACGAGCAGUAGCGCGUCAACGAAGUCGCACACGGGUGCCCCCAUGAAAUCUCUUAAAACUCGAACUCAGUCGGCAACAUCUCUUGUAAAAAAUAAAAGCGGCACUAGGGCAACAGUAGUUCCACCGUUACACCUGAAGUCUUCUGGUUUAUCGACGCACGCUGCAGACAAUUACCACCCCGAUACAGUAACACUCAAGGUCGGUAUGCUACACCGACUUCUUCGUGCACCGAAGCCCCUUGUGUACGCACUGCGUGUCAUGUGCAGCCGUUACGAGUCACGGCCUUAUUCCGCUUACGAUGUCCUUGCCUCGUGCGAUUGGCGUACAGUAAAGGAUGAUGUUGAGGAGGCUGCGGAGCACAACGAGGAGAACAGGGGUAAAGAUGGCAACGCGGAGGAAAUGGCUGAAACCGCUUCCAUUAUUAGUGGGAACAGCAGCGUGCAUGCGUUCGAGAACAUGAUGCCAACUUCCAAACCCAGGUCUAGCGAUGACUUGUACCUCCAGAUCAAGUCGUAUCGAGCUAUAUAUAACUCCUCUUCACUUAAGGUGAAGGGAAAUGUGAAAGAUGGGAAUGGCACACCUUCCUCAUUUCUGAAUAUGUUCUCUACACACCCACCAUCAGUUCGCGUGGAUAGUUUUGUUGAUACGAAUGAAUUACGGUUUUUAGAACCCAUACCCAAGUCGUUGCCGCGACCCUUCGAACACUGGAGUAUUGCGCUUUCCCUUCAGCAGCGCGUGUUCACCGCGGCGGCUAUCUACGCAUGGAAAUUAAUAUUCAGUCACACACCACAUGACGACUAUAAGCAGCGGAUGCUUGACACUAGGGAAGAGCAGGAGGCCCGUCUCGAUCGCGUCGAGCAGCGGAAUCGCAUGAUACUCGCGUGUUAUUGCGUCCGCUCGGAAUCUGAGUGGCUUCGGGAGGCUUCGGCAGAUCUCAACUUCGUUGGUCGCAUAUGGAAUCCGAAGCGGUCGCUCGAUCCCAAUGACCCUGACUUCGAACGGCAUUGCCUUGAGACGUAUGAGUUUGUGGAGAAUUUCCUCUAUCAAUGCUUUCCCACACUAUCAACCCUCGAGGAUGUGCCGACAUUCCUAAUGGGGGCGGGAAUUUACUUUAUGAUGCAAGCAACACUCACCAAGUUGGGGGCUGGAGAGGGAGCGGAGUCAUUUGUGGACGUUGGCCGGUUGGACGAAAAUACGUCUUCUUUGAACGCACAGCAACGUGAAUGUUUAUUUGUGUACGAGUUUCUCAACCUAAUCGACACGCUUUCCUUCUGGCACAGUCAGUCAAAGGGGAAGAGUAAUGACGCAUCCCCAACGGGGAAGUCGAGCAGCAAACAACCGGGCACCGCGGCGGCUGGGUCAACACAAACAGAGACUAGUGAUGAUGAUUUCAUUUCAUGGAGGGCACACCUUGAGCGUUCCGUGAACGCUAUUUUAGGCGCGUCAUCCACUGGAGUUGGCACAUCAGCCACGACUGAUUCCCUUACAAAUUUAGACGGUAAUAUAACGGAUUCAUCUGAUUGUCCACCAAUUCGGUUGGUAAAGUGUCCAUCUUCCAAUGUUGUAGCGGGUGAAAAAGUUAGCAUGGAGCGCUUUUCAUUGGCUUACCCGAGUGGUUUCCUUGUGGGUCUCAGUGAGCGUUUGAUGCGGUGUUUAGUGGGAGUAAAACUUGAUUUGGAUGUGUGUGAGGAUCUUGAUGUGGCCAUGUGA